AUUCAUCUUUCCAUCCAAAGAUACCAAUUGCGAAAUGAAAAUGAGAUCCAUGGAGGAAAUAAUUGCCCAUUUCCAUCACACCAUGAACUCCACUGAGAUGACUGUUGUCCGGGCUCAGCUUGCAAAUCUGGAAAGCAUUCGCCGACAAUUUAGAGCUAUAUGGUUCACUGAUGCCAUACGCUUCAUUCAGUCAAAACAUUUUCAGGAGGUAGCACUGGAGUUUUGGUUGCAUGAAAAUUGGUUAGUGUCGUUGGGAUUGUUGGUUGAGGAUGAUAACCAGCUCCCAGGCAUGAGCCUUCAGCUGCUCAAAGAACACACUGCCGCGGAUGAGCAGAUGUUGAGAACGCCUUUCAAAGUGGUUAGAGAUGAACAUAGGAUGAAAGUGAUAAGUUUGUUCCUUCCGCGGUUGGUUGGAAACAUUGGAGUUGAAGCAUCUCACUGGUUGAAAUUGCAAGAUGAGGAAGAGAGAUUCGCCCACUGCUGCCUCAUGCUACAAAAGUACAUUCAGAUCGCUAGCCAAGGGGGACUGUUAUGGGAGGACUUAAUAAGCAGUGAAAGUGUGGGCACACAACUUUUGGGGAAAAAUGAUAAGCUGAGGAACAGGACAGUGGCUGAAGAUUUGGUGAUUGGGAGCUUUAAACCGGUAUCUAUUGUCAUAUGGAAUGUUAGAAACGCCCAAAGAGAUCAUUUUGCAAAUGCAGUAAUGGACUUACGUGCUAGGAAUUUGGCGGACGUUAUUUUUCUAUUUAAUUCACGGCUCACAUCUAAUGGUGCAGUGCAAGGGAUCUUAGAGACACUUCCAUAUGACACACAGUAUUCAACAACGGAACAAGAUCUAAGAGGCGGAUCAAUUGUUAUGUGGAACGGUAGUCAGGUAAAUUUACUUUGUGAAGGAUGGAAGUAUGCAGGAGAAGUUAACAGCUGGGUUUCCGUUGUCAGUCAGCUUGAAGACGGGACUUGGUGAAAGGGAAAUGCACAAACUGCUGCACAUUGCUUAUGUAUUGCUGCAACUACUUGUUUCUCUGUUUAGAUUGUGCUAAAUUUAACAUAAGGUAGGUUUAUCAGUUAGUUUAGGUGUUUCCCUUAACUUCAGUACUAAGAAUUAAUGUUUAAAUGGUU